AUGGAUAGACGAGAACCCAGCCCCGACUCCUUAGUGGAGCCAAAUGAGAUUCAAUAUCUUUAUCUCGAGCUGGAGACCCCGCUACCUACUCCAUGUAUUUCUUUACCCCCAGCUGCUGGUCAAUCUGCACCACCCGAGGCACCAAGCCUGGAAAAGUACACCUCGCCUUUCUUGUGGCCGAGAUGGCGCAAGUGGAUGAUGACUUGGAUCGCUUGUGCUGUUACCGCACUGGCUGGUUACUCCGCUGGCGAGGUUAGUCCGGCAUCGAGCGAAUUGUGCAAGGAAUGGGGAAUCAGCUCUGUGGUUUAUAACCUCAGUAUCACGAUCUUCUGUAUUGGAUUUGCGCUGGCGCCUAUGAUUCUGGCUCCAUUUUCAGAAAUUAAUGGUCGCCGACCCAUUUUUGUUGUUAGCGGUAUCGUCUUCGUUGCUUCUCUGAUUGGAUGUGGAGGGACUGAUUCGUUCGCCGGGUUGCUGGUCGCCCGUUUUUUCCAAGGAUGUAGCUCCUCAACAUUUUCGACUAUGGUCGGUGGUGUGAUCAGUGACAUUUUCCAUGCACACGACCGAAACACUCCCAUGGCGCUUUUCUCCGGCGCUGCCUUGUUUGGAACAGGUUUGGCACCUAUUAUAGCAGGUGCUAUCGCGACCCACACGACCUGGCGCUGGAUCUACUACUCGCACGCCAUCGUUUCCAGUGUCUUCGUGGUCAUCAUCUACUUCUUCUUCAAGGAGACUCGCGGAAGUGUCAUUCUUAGCCGCAAGGCCAGCGCCCUGAACAAAUACUACGAGAAACUCGAGGAGGCCGGCCAUUUCGGUGUCAUGACAUUCUCUGAAGACCAGCCCGGAGAGAAGAACGUUCAAAGAAUUCGAUGGAAGGUGGAGAGCGAUGAGCAGCGCGCUUCAUUGCUGACUGCAGUUCAGAUUUCUAUAUAUCGGCCUUUCCACAUGCUCUUCACCGAGCCUGUGGUCUUCUUCUUCUCUUUGUGGGUGUCAUUCAGCUGGGCUACGCUCUACCUGCAAUUCAGCUCUAUCCCUCUGGUCUUCAAAACAAACCACCACUUCAACGUCGAACAAACCGGUGCCGUCUUUACUUCUCUAUGCGUUGGUGUCAUCAUAAUCACUAUAAUCAGCAUCAACCACGAUAAAAUCGGUGCGAUAAUUGGAAGAGGAAAAAUUCCCUCAACAGCCGAAGGCCGACUCUACUACGUGUGCAUUGAGUCCAUUCUCCUUCCAAUCGGUCUAUUCUGGUUCGGCUGGACCUCUUACCCAUCGGUACCUUGGAUCGUGCCGACUAUCGCAAUUGGCUGUGCGGGUAUGGGUAUCUUUUCUAUCUACCUUGCGACAUUCAAUUAUCUCGCGGAUACGUACCACCGUUACGCCAGUUCGGCGAUUGCAGCGCAGUCUUUCUGCCGGAAUCUGCUUGGUGGAGUCUUCCCAUUGGUUACGGCUGCUAUGUUUACGAAUCUCGGAUAUCCCGAGGCAUCUAGUCUCUUGGGUGGCAUUGGAUUUCUCCUUACACUCGUGCCAUGGAUUUUGGCUUUCUACGGACCGAGGAUUCGAGCCCGCAGCAAAAUGGCUAGCGAGUUGAACAAGUGA